AGUGUGUGAGAGAGAGAGAGAGAAAGAGAGUGUGUGUGAGAGAGAUAAGAGGAGGAGGAAGGGUCGGUUAGGGUUUUCCAGUAAAUAGUACUUUCACGUUCAACGGUCACUGGAGAAGAAACCAAGUAUGCCGCUCGCCUAACAGAAUACAGUGUCCUUCACUGAGGGACGCUCAGGGAUUAUUACGGGGAAUGGAGAUUGUAACACUUGUUUCAUUAUUGUCUCUGUAUUGUGACUUCACCGAUGCUGAGUGCCUGGUGGUCAGUCCUGCCAGGCUGGUGGUGAAGCAUGGACACCCAGCCUCCUCUAACUGCAGCUCAGAUACCGCUGUAGAGAUGGGUUGGGAAGCCACCCAGGGAGGGGUUGGUCUAACAGACAACAAGGUGAAGUUCCUACGCUGGAGGGUGGACAGUGUGACUGACUGGAAUAUCAAACCUACAUGCUACACAGAAGGAGGCCAGUGUCAGAAACAGCUGGACAUCACAGUUUAUAAGCUUCCAGACAGUGUCUCCAUCAGUUACAGGAAGUACCCUGGUCCGAUGGUUGAGGGGGAUCAGUACCUGCUGCAGUGUCUUGUCCAGAACAUCGCUCCUAUUGGGAGACUCACGGUGACCUUCUACAAAGUCUCUACCAAUGGUGAACGGACAGUGUUAUACACACAACCACUGAACAACGACAUUCACCAAUUGAACAAUGACAUGAGGCGACCGGUGAACGAGAGCUAUUCCCUGCAGUUCUCCCCCACUAGUGUUGACGACGGGGCCCAGUUGUUGUGUUCAGCCAUGUUGGAUCUGGGACCAGAGGGACCCCAACCUCCUCCUGUAAUGGACUCAAACCGCCUCAACAUCAACGUGCACUACAAGCCUCAGAUCACUAGGAGUCCUGGAUGUUUCUCCAUGAGCAUCACGGAGGGCGACACCUUAUCACUGGCCUGUAGUGUAAAUGGUAACCCUGCCCCCUCAAUCAGUGGCAAGGCCCCUGGCACAAAAUGGCACGAAAUGGAUGCCUACCAGGCUGAGUGGCAAGGCACAAAAUGGCACAAAAUGGAUGCCUACCAAGCUGAGUGGCAAGGCACAAAAUGGCACAAAAUGGAUGCCUACCAAGCUGAGUGGCAAGGCACAAAAUGGCACAAAAUGGAUGCCUACCAAGCUGAGUGGCAAGGCACAAAAUGGCACAAAAUGGAUGCCUACCAAGCCUAA